AUGGGAGCCAACAUCCAGCCCACUCUACCGUUUUUUCUGGUGCAGAUAGUGGGCCUCGUCUGCAGGUGGCAGUUGGGGUUGUUUUGCUAUGAAGAACUCGCCCAUUCGUUCCUCGCUUGCCCUACAGAGAAGCAUCUCUGUUUGUGGGAAGGUCGUCAGCUUGUAGAAUAUUACCCUUAUUCCUGGUGGAAUGACCGCUGGGACAUGCGUUUCCAGACUGCAGAAGUUCAGUUAACCUUUACAGAAGUGAUGGACAUCGUGAACGAACAUUUUCAGCAACGGGUGAGAUUUCAGUCAUUUUGCAAUGUGUCGGCUGACAUAGGACAGCCAGAGGGUGCAUUACUGGCUGCUUUACCCACCACCAUGAAUCCUCAGGGAGGUCCGUUGAGUAGGCAACUUCUCGCAGUCAGGGCAGCAGCAGCACAUGCUACUGAUGAAGUUCGCCGAAUGAUUGAAGAUAAACAGAUUGAGGCUGUCAUCAGUGCCGAGUGUCUCGGCCACCCGGAGGAGAUUAACAUUGGCCAUGCUAUGGAAGCUUCCCGCCGUGUGGUACAUUGUGCAAGACAGAUGGUGACAGCUCCGUAG